UAAUUUUAUUUUAUUUAUAUUUUUCGUCCGUUGUGUUUACCUUAUUUAUUGUUGGUUUGUUUAAUUUUUUAGCGUGGUAAAAAGUUUUUCAACAUGGCACGUUACUUUAAGGAGCAGGAUAUUGAUGAGUUCCGCGAGUGCUUUUAUCUGUUUGCCCGUUCGGGCCAAAUCAACAAUUUGGACGAACUAACUGUAAUCAUGCGUUCGCUGGGUCUGUCGCCGACAAUCCAGGAACUGGUUUCAUACUUGAAGCAGAAGAAUGGAAAAAUGAGCUUCGCCGACUUUCUGGACAUCAUGCACCAGCACUCCAAGGUGGAGAGUCUGCCGGACGAGGUCAUUGCUGCCUUUAAGGCAGCCGAUCCUCAUAACAAGGGCACCAUAUCUGCCCGGCAGCUGCGAAACCUGCUCCAAAACUGGGGCGAAGGCCUCUCCGUGCGCGAGGUGGACAAUAUCUUCCGCGAGGCUAAUGUCAACAGCAAUACCAAUGUGCGGUAUGCAGACUUUGUCAAGAUUGCUUGCGCCCCAGUGCCAGACUACUAUUAGUCCAUGCUGGCAGAGCCUUAGAAAACAUUCCAGUAAACAUGCAUUUCCCUACAAAACACGCACAAAAAACCACUUGCAAUAAAGUUCACAGAAGAUAUUUAAGAAAA